GCGAUGUGUGUGGCAUGCAUUCAUGUUGCGGGCCAAUUUUAGAAGGGCGAUUAGUCAUUAACAGUCGUCGACAAUUGGAUAAAUUCCUGAAGGAUUCACUUUAUCGACUCUCUUCGGUGCUGGACACGAGAGCUAAACGCUUUGAUGAAUUCUUCAGGAAUCUUAUGAACAAUUCAAAACGGGAGUUUCACGAAAUGUUCAAGAAAACUUACGGUGUGAUCUACUUACAGCAUUCUUUUGUAUUUACGGAUUUUUUCGAAGAAUUAGAGAGAUAUUAUAAUAGCGGUCGCGUACGACUAGCGGAAGCCUUAGAUACCUUCUUUGGAAUCCUGUAUCAACGCAUGUUCACCGUAAUUAAUGCACAAUAUCAGUUCGACGACAGAUAUUUAGAAUGUGUAGCCGAACAUAUGACCGAUUUGAAACCGUUUGGCGACAUCCCGCACAAACUCGGAAUACAAUUGAGACGAUCGUUCGUAGCUACGCGAGCGUUUUACAAAGCCUUAGCAGCCGGUGCCGAUGUCGUUCGAAACAUGGGCUCCUUAACGCCGACGGAGAGGUGCGGGAAUGAAUUGGCUCGAAUGCAACAUUGUGAUAAAUGUCUUGGGAUAAAGGGUACAAAAAGUUGUUCGCCGUAUUGCCUAUCGAUUUUGAAAAGUUGUUUAGAAAACCAUAUACUUUUAGAUAACCAGUGGAAUAACUUUGUGGAUGCAUUAGAUAAGGUAGCGGACCGUAUUACAGGUGCUUUUAAUAUAGAAAUGGUCGUAGAGCCUAUUAAUAUAAAAAUUUCUGAAGCUGUGAUGAUUUUUCAAGAGAAUGGGGUAGAGGUCUCGCAAAAAAUAUUUACAGGGUGCGGCAACCCCGCUUUGCAGAGGCGACGUCGUCAAGCUAGUACUCCCAGUGACGUCGAAGAACCUCGCGUUGAAGCGCGAAGGGUGAAAACUGAUGAAGAUGAAAUAACAUUUGAAACGCUCACUUUUAAUGAGGAGAGCAACAAUAAAAGUAAAAACAAGAAAAAUAAGCACAAGAAAGUUGAUAGUGGCGCUACUCUCGAGAAGCUUAUUAGAGAUAUCAAACAGGUAAGUAAUAUUUGCUAGGUAUCUACUUGUGUACAGUUAGCAACCUAGCAAAUCAGCAGCAGAUUUGCAUAUUUUGUAUGAAGUUCUGAAGCUUAAAAUAUGCAAAAUAUGC